AUGUGGAAUGACUGCAGUGUUGCCCAAGAUGGCUCCUCACAGGCCCAUAAGAUGGCAGGCCGCAGGAAGAGAACCAGCUUCACCAAGGAGCACUUAGAGCUCCUCCGCAUGGCCUUUGAGGUGGACCCUUACCCAGGCAUCAGUGUGAGGGAGAGCCUGGCACAGGCAACUGGACUUCCAGAGUCCCGCAUUCAGGUAUGGUUCCAGAACAGGAGAGCCAGGACUCUGAAGAACAGGAACAACAGGAUGACCUCUCCUCCAUCUGCCUCUCUCCCUCCGAGCCCCUUCACUCCAUCUCUAAACCACAGGGCUGAGGACAAGAGCCAGCAGAGGGGCACCAAUGACGUCCUCUACAUGAGCACCAACAACCAGCCGGCAGGCCACUCUCAAAUCAAGGAGGAGGACAUGGACUGCUUCUACGACAGCCUGUCUCCCCAGGCUUCUGGCUUCUCUCAGAGGGACAUUGGCUACUUCAGCACUCCUUCCUUCCGGUCAGGGCAGAGUCGUCUGCUGGGCAGUGACUCCAGCCCUACCUACCAGACCCCCACCAUGCACCACAACGCUCGUAACAACUGGAGCAUCACAGCGACUCCCGACAGCACUUCUCCAGAGUCCCUGUGGAGUCCUCAGUCUUCCGUGGGAAGAAGCUUUGCCAGUGACGGCCAGUUCUUCGCUUUCCCGUCUCAACCUGGACCACCACCACCCUACCCCCACCGAGUGUCGGUUCAGUCUGGGUACAUGGGGUCGGUAUCCAGCUCUCCUGCCUCACCGGAUUCGGCUUGCUGUGACAUGGGGCCGGACAAUUCCUCUCUCUCCGCCCAGUAUUCCUCAUUCAGUGGGAUGUGGGACAUGUCUACCCCAGAGCAAUUUACCAACUUGGCUCCUCUGCCUGACUUAUCUUCUCAGUGUCUGGAGGAUGUCCUUGGGGAGAUGCAGCCAGACUGGUGGAAGGUCACAGGGCCUGUGGAUCCCCUUAGCAAAAAAUGAGACUUUUACUAGAGACUUAUUCACACAGCAGAGCUCUCUGGAGCUUCUUUUAAGCCUGUAUGUUUUUAUUGCUGCUACCUCACAAUUCAUGCAUUUGUAGAAAAGGAAAACUUGAGCUUUAGAAUGGAUAUUUAUUUUGUAUUUAUUAGUAUGUAUUUAAGGUAUAUUUAUUUGCUGGUAGACUAUUUAUUAAUUAAUUGAAAGGAAUAACAGUGGUUCAGUAUCUAAACAUGAAAACAACAGU